AUGAAUCAUCAAUUACAAGAACUCAGAGAAAAGGAGGAUCAUAAGCUCUACACAAACAAGUGGAAAUUUCUGAAUGAUGACUGGGUAGUUCUUAAGCAUACAAAAUAUCACAGAAGUGAAGUUCGUGAAGUAAGAGAAAUCAAACUUAUAAAAGAUACACUUCUUAAACAUCUAGGGAUGAUUCCUGUUUUCUUCUUUAUGAAUGUUUUGUUUGGCUGCACUCAUUAUCCAUGUCCUUACAGAAGUAUAGAAAAAGGAUUGCUGAUACUGUACCAACUUGUAGACAGAUUGUCAAUCAAUGAAAUGGAAAGAUUCAUUCCAAGAAGCAGCUAUCAAGUUAUUUAUAAUAUGUUCUAUAUUUCUGAAAUGCAAGAUUUGAACAAGCUAACAUUCUAUCUGCAAACAAUGUUUUCUACUCCAGAGCUACGACUACUUGCAGCAAAGAUGCAGAAUCCUCAUGGGUUUAAACAUGUAACACUAAUGUUAGAUGGCUAUGAUUCAAGAGCUCUGCACAAUGGAGCAUACAAACCAGGACUUUACUCUUACAAGUUGAAAAAAUCAGGAUAUCACAUACAAGUAUGCAUUGAUGUGAUUGGAAUGGUUCUACUUGUUUCAUCAACAGUAGACUGUAGAGAUACCCCAGAUUCAAGGAUGAUUAAAAACAUGGGAUUACUAAAGAGGAUAUCACCUAUUGACUGUAUUGGAGGUCAUUCACAAUCACUAAACUAA